AUGAGAGGCCCGACAGUCCUGAAGGCCGAAGAUGAUAAGACACGACAGCUGAACAAGCACACAUUGAUGGCUUUCUCCGGCGAAUCUGGAGAUACCGUCCAAUUUGCCGAAUACAUCCAAGCCAACGCUGCCCUCUACAGUAUGCGCAACGAUACCGAGCUAAGCCCUUCUGCCGUUGCCAACUUCGUUCGAGGAGAAUUGGCGCGCAGCCUGCGGUCACGGAGUCCCUACACAGUAAACCUGUUGCUUGGUGGAUUAGAUCCGGUCACUGAGAAGCCUCACUUGUACUGGAUUGAUUACCUAGCGUCACUGGCGCCCCUACCAUAUGCGGCUCAUGGCUAUGCUCAGUAUGUCCCGUGGCACUUUGAUAACGGAUGA